CACAUAUAUAUAUAUAUAUACCAAGCGCCCGAAAUCUUUUCCUGCUCCGCUGCUGCUUGACUUUGGUAGGAGGGUUUCAGCUUCUGCUAAAGUUUCUACCAAGAUGGUUCUUCCAAACGAUAUUGAUUUGCUGAACCCGCCGGCGGAGCUGGAGAAGAGGAAGCACAAACUCAAACGCCUUGUUCAGUCCCCCAAUUCCUUCUUCAUGGAUGUGAAAUGCCAAGGCUGCUUCAACAUAACCACUGUUUUUAGCCACUCCCAGACUGUGGUAGUUUGCGGUAACUGCCAGUUAGUGCUGUGCCAACCAACAGGUGGGCGUUCCAGGCUCACGGAGGGCUGCUCUUUCAGGAAAAAGGGGGACUAAGGGUGCUCCUCUUUUACCCUUUUUUUGUUAGUCAGGAUGACAAUGGAACUUGAUUUUUGUUUUUCUUUUGGUAUAAUAGUUGAGGGAUUUACAACACUACUUGGCCUUACGUUGCUAAUUUAGGUUUUCCUUGAUGCCAUUGAAAGAUUGGAGUUUCUUGUCAGUAUUUUGGCUUGAAUUUUAUAGUUCUAGGUUUUUCUCAUUGCCCAAAUUCUACUUGAUAUUGUGCUAUCGUGAAUGGUGCAGUCUAUCCUCGUGACCAUCAAUAUGAAAAUGAUAGUUUCUUGCCAGUA